CGCGUUUCCUGAUCAGUCUGGACCACAGAGUCAUUGUUCUUACCUAUCCAAUCGAUCACCAGUUAGUUUCCGUCUUGUUCCUUAACCAGGACGCAUUUGUGGGACGACGACUUCAGACUCGCCACGAUGGCUCCCACUCACGGCUCCCGUGACAAGAAGCAGGCGAAAGCACCUCAGCGGGCCGGUAACUUGAAGCGCAAGCGUGCUCAAGAUGAUCUUUCGACCCUCAUUCAGCGCGUGGAAGAGCUCGAUGUCAAGGACACGAUCAAGACCUUCUCCGAUCUGCCCCUGUCUGAACCGACCGCCUCUGGACUCGCCUCAUCGCACUACAAGACCCUCACCGAUAUCCAGUCUCGCGCGAUCAGCCAUGCGCUGAAAGGCCGCGAUGUCCUCGGCGCCGCAAAGACGGGAAGCGGCAAGACGCUGGCCUUCCUGGUCCCGAUUCUCGAGAACCUGUACCGCAAACAAUGGGCGGAGCAAGACGGCUUGGGUGCCCUUGUGCUCUCCCCGACCCGCGAACUCGCGAUCCAGAUCUUCGAAGUCCUGCGCAAAGUCGGUCGCUACCACCAAUUCUCCGCCGGUCUUGUCAUCGGUGGAAAGAGUCUGCGCGAGGAGCAGGAGCGAUUGGGACGGAUGAAUAUCUUGGUCUGUACGCCCGGUCGUAUGUUGCAGCACUUGGAUCAGACGGCGCUGUUCGAUACCUACAACCUACAGAUGCUGGUGCUGGAUGAGGCGGAUCGCAUUCUGGAUAUGGGAUUCCAGAAGACGGUGGACGCCAUCAUCGGCCAUCUCCCGAAGGAGCGCCAGACGCUGCUCUUCAGUGCCACGCAGACGAAGAAGGUCUCGGACCUGGCUCGACUGAGUCUCCAGGACCCGGAAUAUGUGGCGGUGCACGAAGCCGCCUCAUCCGCCACCCCGUCCAAGCUCCAACAACACUAUGUCGUCACGCCGCUUGCGCAGAAGCUCGAUGUCCUGUGGAGUUUCAUCCGCAGCAACUUGAAGGCCAAGACCAUCGUUUUCCUCUCGUCAGGCAAGCAGGUGCGCUUCGUCUACGAGACGUUCCGACACAUGCAGCCGGGUAUCCCAUUGAUGCAUCUCCACGGCCGACAGAAGCAGGGUGGCCGACUCGAUAUCACCACCCGGUUUUCAUCGGCACAGCACGCCGUGCUCUUCGCCACCGAUGUCGCCGCGCGAGGGUUGGAUUUCCCGGCGGUUGACUGGGUUAUUCAGCUGGAUUGCCCUGAGGAUGCCGAUACCUAUAUCCACCGUGUGGGUCGUACGGCGCGCUACGAGCGCGACGGUCGCGCGGUGCUUUUCUUGGACCCCAGCGAGGAGAAGGGAAUGUUGAAGCGUCUGGAGCAGAAGAAGGUGCAGGUCGAGCGGAUUAACGUCAAGGCCAACAAACAGCAGAGCAUCAAGGAUCAACUGCAGAACAUGUGUUUCAAGGAUCCCGAACUGAAAUACCUUGGCCAAAAGGCCUUUAUCUCCUACGUCAAGUCUAUCUACGUGCAGAAGGACAAGGAGAUCUUCAACGUCAAGGAUCUGAAAUUGGAGGAGUUUGCCGCGAGUCUGGGUCUUCCUGGUGCGCCCCGCAUCAAAUUCAUCAAGGGUGAGGAUACGAAGGAGCGCAAGAACGCCCCCCGUCUGGCGGCCUACGCCUCCAGCGACGACGAGUCGGAUGAAGACGGCGAGGCCAAGAAGAAGGCCAAGAAGGAAGAACCCCAAGUACGGACCAAGUACGACCGCAUGUUUGAGCGACGGAACCAAGACGUGUUGGCCGACCACUACUCGAAACUCAUCAACGACGAUGGUACGAUGGUCGAGCCGAAUGCCGCCACGCAAGACGCAGACGAGGAUGAUGACUUCUUGUCCGUCAAACGCCGCUUCGAAGCCGGCGACGAGGACCUGGGCGCUGGCUCCAGCUCGGAUGAGGACGAGGCCGAGGGGGGAGCGGAGAAGAAGCCGACCAAGGUGGUACAGCUGGAUGGCAAGCAGACGCUGGUCAUCGACUCCAAGCGCCGGGAGAAGCUGCUCAAGUCGAAGAAGAAGCUGCUCAAGUUCAAGGGCAAGGGUACCAAGCUCGUCUACGACGACGAGGGCAACGCCCACGAGCUGUACGAGAUGGAGGACGAGGAGGACUUCAAGGCCAAGGGCGAUGCCAAGGAGCAACAGGCGCGUUUCCUGGCGGAGGAGGCCGAACGUACGCGGCAGGCGGAUGUGGAGGACAAGGAGGUCGCCAAGCAGAAGAAGCGCGAGAAGAAAGAGAAGCGCAAGGCCCGCGAGCGCGAGCUGCUGGCUGCCGAGGAGGAGAGCGAGGGCGGCGAGCGGGUGGCUUACCUUGCUCCGUACACGAAGGACGAUCGCGAUGGGGCCGAUGGAUUCUCUGCAUCCGAGGCGGAAGAACCCGCCCCGCGGCCCAAGAAGUGGUUCCAGGACGACAGCGACGACGAGCCCAAGUCCAAAAAGGCCAAGAAGUCGCGGCAAGAGCCCGAGGGGAUCCAGACCUUGGAGGAUCUGGAGUCGUUGGCUGCGGGAUUGCUGGGGUAAGGGGGUUGCAUGUCGGGGUUUUGUUAAGGGUUGGUUUUAUCUGUUACAUAGCGACGAAUCUCAAAA